AGUUUGAACACGCGAGCGCCAUAUACGGACAAUAUUCACAAUUAUUACCGCAGAUUACUUCUUGGCCUUGCCCAGACCCAGACUAUAAUAUUUAAUAUUAUUCCAAUAGGAAUUAGGAUGUUAAAGUAGUCAACAUUUUUAUGAGAUGAGAACACUGAGAAUGCCGUUUAAGAUUUAAAAAAGUCAAAACAACAACAAUGAUUCAUUUCUAUUUGUAAAUAGAAUCAGACAAUUAAUAUAGUCUUUGUUUAUUUUAAUUUCAAAUACUUGUAAUAUUUUGUUAAUAGUAAAACUUUAUUAUCAUGGAAGGUGCAUAUAAAGAAAAAUACUCAUUUGUAGGAGAAUGGUAUGACAACCAAGCAAGCCUUGUAAGAAGAUUUAACGUAUUUUACUAUCCCAACGAUGAUACAAUCGAGAUGUAUGAUCUGAAGAACAGGAAGACUUUUUUAAGAAGAGUAAAGGUGAAUGGUAUAGCACUUGACAAUUUCUUUAUUGGAAGUUCCCUUUUCAUAUUAGGAAGAUUGGUCAAAAUUGUUGAUUUUGCAUGUGAACACACAAAGGAAAAACUGCACAAGGACAUGGAAGUCACAUUUGCGCUAAUAAAACCAAUUCCAUCAAAAAUUACUGGUAAAAUUAUCACCCACUUCUUUGAACACAAUCUUAAGAUAACUAAAAUGAAAAAAGCCCGCCUCACAGGGGAUGAUGUUAAUUAUCUUUAUAGAUCUCAAUUAUCAGAUCCCACAUUUCCAUUUCUUUUGGAGCAUCUAACAGGAGACUUAGUGUAUGGUAUGGAGCUUGUUGGUAAAGAUGCUGUUGCCCUCUCCAAACAGAUAAUUGGUGAUAAAGAUCCAAUGAAAGCUAAACCAGGCACUAUAAGGGCACUUUAUGGAACUGAUCCUGUUAAGAACUGUGUUGAUGUGUCCAGUGAUGCUGAAACUGCUAUUCAGGAUGUGGAAUAUUUUUUUCCUUCACCACCAUUUCAUUUAUCAAGGCUUCGAUUGACAGCCACCCUGUCAAAUUGCACCCUUUGUAUUGUGAAACCACAUGCCAUACGUGAGGGUAAACUUGGUGCCGUGUUCGAAGCAAUUGAUGAAGGUGGAUUUGAUAUCACAGCUUUGAAUAUGUUCAUAGUUGAGAAUAUCAAUGCGGCAGAGUUCUAUGAAGUUUAUAAGGGAAUUGUUCAAGAGUAUAAGGGAAUGGUAGAAGAGCUUGCAAGUGGGUCGUGUAUUGCAAUGGAAAUUGUUGCGAAGGAUAAGCGUACUAAUACAGCUGUUGAGUUCAGAAAAUUAGUGGGACCAUCUGAUCCGGAAAUUGCAAGAUUAUUACGUCCAAAUACAAUGAGAGCUAAUCUUGGAAAGACAAAGGUGCAAAAUGCUAUACAUUGCAGUGAUUUAGCAGAGGAUGGCUUACUUGAAGUGGAAUAUUUCUUCAAAAUUUUAAAUUUGUAAUGUUUCUAAUCAUAUCAACGUUUCUUUAUUGAGCUUAAUUCUCUUUUUGAAGGCGAAGGUUUAUUACGCUUUUAUAUUAUUCCAUUAUUUCAAUAAUACUAUUUAAAAAUUGCAUUGGUCCAUAACAUUUUAAUAUUGUUAUAUAAAUCUUUGGUUGAAUUACCCCAAUUUCGAGAGUUCGCAUUGUAAAGUACUUAAUUAAUUACCAAUACAAUAAAAAAGAAACUGAAAAUAAAGUAAGCAGCGAGAUGAUAUAAGGAUCAUGUAAGGAGGUUGGACACUAUUCUCAUAUUUGUUAAAGUAUAGAAAAUCUUAAAAUAUAUCUAGGAAUUAUGAAUGGUUCUAAAUAUCACAUUUAUUAUGCGUACGAUAUUUUAGGCUGCUACACAAAUGUUAGUCAUCUCUGUAAUAGGUAUAUAAAAGACUGAUUUCGAUUAUUAUAUCGUGUGCUUAGAUUGUGGCUUUAAUUAAUAAAUGAUUAUAAGCAUAAUUAGUUUUUUGUGUCCUAAUUUGAAACUCACGGCCAAACAUUCUAUUAAAGCCUGUUACAAUACACGACUCUAAGAAUCAGAAAUGUGUACUGUUCCUCCCAUCAAUAUAGGGAGCGAGAAUUCUUGACUAUUAUACUUGAUCGUCACUGACUAGCCAGUGGCCCCAAAGCUUAGUGGCUAUUUUUUAAUAGGACCUUUGUAGAUUGUUGGUGUGAAAAGUAAUAUUUUUUACGUAAGACAUGUUUUAAGGACUAGGUCAUUGGAAAUAGCUCGUUUUAAACGAGUUACGCUUAAUGCAGAUUUUAUCCUAGUUUGAA